AAGGUGAGAUUUAGACCAGAAUCUGAAAAGUUUUGGUCGAUAUCUAGCGAUGCUCUAACGGCGAUGAAAUACGAGUUGCAGGAAGGCACGAAAACAAUUAAUGCGAUUGUUAAAUUACAAUUUGUACGUCCACGGAGUGGUGAUAAGAAGGAACCAACGGUGCAUUCGAGUAUGAUAACGAUUCCGCUGCAAAAGGAUUCGGUCACUCGGAACAGUUUGAUUGCGUUGCUUGAUGGUGCCACUUCAAAUACUAGUGUAACACUCAAGAAUUCGUUACCUCCGUAUGUGAUCGUGCCGAAUGAAGGUGAGAUUAAAGCACCACCGGCUCUGUUGGCAGUUAUGCAUGGAUCGUCGUUGUUCUCGAGAGUGGAUGAGACCUACUCUGAUUUGGUUAUGAAGCUGAAACCCAACAAUGAAUUGACAGACAUGUUGUGGUCAGUUGAAUUGGACGAAGAUAAUGUAACGAAAGCGUUGACGUUACCGUUGGAUCACGUUAAAUACGGUGAUGACCACUCGCUGCAAUAUGUGCAGAUGGUGGCGUUCGUGGAUCGCGUUUUUCCGUCGUUUGUCACAAAAUAUGUUCAAGGAGGUAUAAUAGCGAUGUAUCUUGCGGUUGUGCUAUUGGUGGGACGUUUGAUUCGUGGCAUCGUAACGAACGCUCCACUGGAUGUGAUCAUUUCGGAGAUACCAAAUCCAGAUUAUCUUUUGAAGAUCUGUUUGGAUAUCUAUUUGGUUCGUGAGGCGAAGGAUUUCGUCUUGGAACAGGAUUUGUUCGCGAAAUUGAUAUUUUUAUUCCGUUCGCCGGCCACACUCAUCAAGUGGACACGAUUUAAAGCGAAAACUGAUUAA